UUAAUUUUUUCAUACAGAUAUCAUCCUAAUAAACGGACACUCUAAUAACCGGACGCGGACAAAGUAUUUCAAACCAUUUUCAUAAAAAAAUUUCUCAUAAACGGACAAAAUUCAAAAAUAUCACAAGCAAGCUUUGUUGUUCAUUAUAAAAAUGAAAUAGGUGAUUCCCCUUUUAACAUGUAUGCACACAUUCAAGCCCUGUGUUUUAAAUUAAGAGUAGUUUUCCAUUCAGUUUGUUAAGUCAGUUGCAUGCAAAUGGUUGCGUUCAAAGUUCGUAAUAAUAUGGCGCCGAAAAAGAAGGUACUUUCUAUUAAAGAAAAAAUGGAAAUUAUUAAUGUUUUCGAAAAAGAUAAAUUAUCAGUACGUGGAAUUGCAAAAAGGUUCAAUAUUGGCAAAAUACAAGCUGCUGAAAUCAAUAAAAAUAAAGAAAAAAUUCGUUCUAAAUGGGAGUCUGGAGUUAAUGUUCAUCAAAAGCAAAGCUUUCUUAAAGAAGACGGCUCUGAAAUAGACAAGAUGUGUUUUAAUUGGAUCGCUAAGGCUAGAAGUCAAAACAUUCCGAUUUUUGUUCCCAUUUCGAAAGCAAAGGCAAUGGAAAUUGCAGGCAAACUGGGUGUACCUAAUUUUAAUGCUUCAGAUGGAUCGUUAAACAAAUGGCGAAUAAGGAAUAAUGUUGCACUCAAAUGCGUAUCUGGUGAAGCUGCAGAUGUAAACCAGGAUGGUGUCGAACAGUUUAGGCCAAAACUGCCAUCUCUGUUGACCGGUUACAAGCCUCAAGACAUUUACAACGCAGACGAAAGUGGGUUGGCGGUACACUAUCAAAGGAAAGACUCACAAUUUUGUUCUGUGCUAACAUGGCUGGAGAUAAGGAGCUGCUUUUGGUUAUAG